UUUCGACAACUUUCAAAAUGGCGGCGGCUGCCAGCUUGCCUUUCUUUUACUGUCUAUAACUUAAAACCAAAUUUCUGAUCAACAUUCAAUACAAGUAUUGUGUUAUAGUUGGUAUUUUUUUGAAUUCAGUGUUUUAAGUGCUGUUUGUUGUCGUUUUUUUGUUUUUGUUUUUGAAAUUUUCGUUAUCUCAUCUUCCUCAAUUGACUUGUUGCUAGCUUCUUGACCCUUGUGCGAACAUGUCUUGCUGUGUAGCAUACAUGUGUUCUAACAGACAAGUCCCUUCUACCGGGUUAAGCUUUUUCAGGUUCCCCAUGAAAGACAAAGACAGGCUGCAGCAGUGGAUACACAAUGUCAAGAGAAAGAGCUGGACACCUAACAAGCAUUCUCGCCUCUGCUGCCUUCACUUCACACAGGACUGUUUCAUCCAUGGGUAUGGACGAGUUACCCUUAAACCAGACGCGGUGCCAACCAUCUUCUACCCACAUUACCAUGUGAAGGCCAGGGUGAGGCACACCAGAGUCAGUAAGAACACAACAGUUAGUAAGACUGACUCUGCCAGACGAGCACGUAAACUAAGGAACGUCAGUCAUGACCAUGAUUACAUCGGUUGCACUCCCAGUGAACAACAGACAAUUGAGAUGAGCAUAGCCAGAAGCAUCCGUAGCCGUUCUGCAGAUCAUGGUGCAUACACGCUGAAAAACACUAACAAGAGGAAGGCGUCGUCUGUUGAAAGUAGCUUGCCUUCUAGCGAGAAAAAACUGAAGAAGCUACAAGAGCAGAGAGUCAGAAGACUGAAACAGAAAGUGAAGUCUCUCUCCUCCGUUGUCACUGAUCUGAAAGAGAAGCUCGAUUCCACCAAAGAUAUCAAAAGAUGAAGGUAAAUCUUGCCGAUCAAGUUUUCAAUAGCAGCCUGGCAGAUGCCCUUGAAUUCUGCCACAAGGAGCAACACUGAGUCUCAGUUUCAUGGUUCUGAGGAAACCCUCAUCACUGCUUCCUCACACACCUCCAUCCAAGGCCAGCGAUGCUGGAGUAAGGCCCACAGCCUCGCCAAAGACUGAUCUCACCUCAGCGAGACUGUUCACCUCGUUCCCCUCCAGGAUACGUUACAGGUCUCUGCACCCGGACCAGCAGGUUCAGAGGAGGCCCACAGACACCUGGUUGCCUGUGCCUGAUAAGAUGAGCCACGACCAUGGGGCUGCUUUGACAGGGGCAACAAGGAGGUAGCCAUCAACAUAAGUAAUUAAACCACAUGACAUUUCUGUCAAAGCAUGUCUACUUGAAGUGUCUGCUGUGUGUUUUGAUAAUAAAUAUUAAAUAAUUUGGUUAAUAAUUAUUGCUUUAUUGAAACUUGUCAUGAUUGGUGUACAACCAGUGUCAGCCAAAAACACAAAUUAAAAAAAAAAAUCCCUAUCCCCUCUUUAGCUACAUCGGUCGUGGGGAAGAAAACAGAGGCCAUGGGGUGGACGUAAAUGGCACGGAGAGGAGAAAGUGGGGUGACUAUUGAACAGUGUAUUGUCUACCAAUGUAAUGUAUUAAACUAAAGACAAAAGGCACACACACAACCCCAAAAUAAUUUAACAUUAAACUGUUUCAUGUUUAAAACAUGGGGAGAGGUUUAAUCCAGCAUCAUCCCUACUGGAUGAAAACUUCAGCUAAAUUGUUUAAAAAAAAAUAUAAUCUCAUUACCCCUAGUGGAUAAAUAAAUGUAGUUUCUAAGAAACAGUUGUUAAAUUUAGUUUGAGGGUGAUGCACGAAACCCCCCCGCAUCCCCAAGACAAAGGUAGCCAUGACACUGGUCACCCAUUUACGGGACUUGUCAAUUCUCCCCGGAAGGCCCGGUCUCCACCGACGUCUCUGGGUGACGUCAGACAGCACGAUGAUCAGCUGAGGGACCCGCCGAUGGAGAUGUACAGAUCCUGCUUCUGAGCGAUGCUCCCCCUGCAUCCCGAGUCGUUCCCGCCACAGUGAAUCAGCAGGACAUCCGGUGCUGCUCUUCCUCUACUGGACCGGUAUGAGAAAGGAAGGAGUCCGUGCCAUCUAAGUCCACCCCAGCCAAACCAGUGACCGUCUGGUCCUCUCUUCCCCAAGACGAAUGUAACUGCUGCCCACGAUCCAAAUCACUGGACCUGUUAAUCGCAUAGAGUAAUCACAAUCACAGUCCGUACACAAAUGUUAACACACACAAGUAACUGGUCCCGGGCCAUUGAUUUCUCUCUAACAAAACACAAAAAAGUCUGUGGAGAUAUACAAUAAAACACAAAUGAAUUGCUCUUAUCUGUCCAUAUUCAACUUUAAUCUAAAUUAUACUAGAGCUACAUGGCUUACCUUUGUUGUUGUGGUUGGGCAUGGUGUAAGCUAACUUGUGCUGCUAAAUGGUAGUAUUUGAACCUAUGAGGAAGACAAAUGAGAAGUGCAACCAUUAGUUAUAGAUGUUAUUGGGGACAUUUGUUAUUGUCCAUCUGUUAUUUAACAGGCCAAACCAGACGCUUUGUCCAAUUUACUGAAGAACUUUUUUUAUUUGACUGAUUCCUCCAUUUUUCUUGCGAUGUAGAUAACAGUUAACGCCAUUUUGUGGUUAUAUUAGGAGUUAUACAACAUGCAUCAAUUAACCAUGUUAAUUCGGUGUCCAGUUAGCAUGUUAUGUUUAGCAAUGCCUAAUUUCAUUGUACUUAAAUUAUAUUUUUAAUAUGCGCUCCCACGGCGGUUAAAUAAAUAUGAUCGUUUUGACUCACACUAGCUGUUUAGGUUUAAUUACUAAUGUUAACUAGCAUUUUAGUUAGAAAUAAUUAGCCUGUGCUUAUGUUAUCUCCUUACAUAUACCUAUUGGGUAUGAAUUCAUAUCACAAGUUUGUGAAUAUCAUUUGAUAUAACGUCUUAAUAUUGUGCAUUAACUUAAUAUGGCGUACUGGCGUUAUAUUUUAAAAUAAGUAAAUGCUAUGCAAAAUGACAAAAUAAUUGACCAGAAUACUUACCAAAAGUUGCUCCUGCCCCUACGCCGAUGGACACCUCUACUCACGCUCUCUGUUUCUCCAAGAAUCCGAAUGAUUGAGAUUUUAGUCCAUCCAUUAUGACCAUGGAUGUUUUAUAAAACUAACAGAAUAUGAUCUAGUCUCAUAACAUAAGAUUGUGUUAAGUAAAGUGAAAGAUCCCCUCCAGACUUUUUUUUUUUAUUUAAAUACAUGUUUCGGAAAAAGAAUUUGUCUAAUAUAGUUUUUCCACAAAAAAGUGAAAUGGCCUUGUAAAAAAUCCAGAGAAUUUAAGUAGCCUAUUGUUCAUGUGAAAGGUAGCUCAUAUUCCCAAAUACUGAUUGAACUGUGCUAGGCCUUGGAAACAACGUGACGAGUCUUCAUUUAGGUGGUAUGUCCCUUUAAACAGAGAUUUAACGUGAGCACCAUAGUGAGCACAGAAAACCUACUUUAGGGCGCCCAGAUAUCUCAGCUGGUAUAGAGGUUUAGUCCUUGAUGCAGCGGGCCUGGGUUGGACUCCGACCUGCGGCCCUUUGCUGCAUGUCAUCCCC